AUAGUUUACAGUACGAUGUAUAUAACCAACUAUAUAACUCUCAACAUUUGACAAAGACGAUUCUUCAUCUUGAAGAGGAAAAGGCAUUCUUACGACUGGAUUACAUAUAAUCUACGAGCAGUUAUCGACGAUAUCGGAUCACACUGAUUUUCAUCAGAAAAUAGUCUACAAACCAAUGGUCCGGUCAAAAAAUAAUACAUCAGGACGGUCGUUAGGAUUGACUUCACAACGAAACAUGACAACUCCAAAUACACAAAUGGACAAUUCCAAACAAAAAGAACGCACAGCCGUACCUCAAACGUAUGGAAAAAACUAUGUAACGGAUUUAACUUUACCUCAAAAAUGUAGAUGCGAACUGAAAAAUACAUCAACCCAAAAAAGACUAAACAUUUGUCAAAAACGACAAAAUUCGCACGGAAGAUUCACACACAGUUCAAUGAUGGCAUCUUCAGUGUCUAUCACCAAAAAUCUUUUUAUUGUAUUAGUACUCGUGACGUCAUUAUUGCCAUGUUACGUCACAUCAGUACCACUCGACUUCAAUGACAUAGAUGAGUCUGAAUCAGAAUCAAGAGGAGAAAUAGAAGAACGACCAACAACUGCUUAUACACUAGAAGAUGUGAAACUUUCAGCAAAGGAAUUCUUGGCGAAAUUCGGGUACGUUAAACCUACUGAAUGGAACAACGUCGCACCACGUUUUAUAGAAGAAAUUGAGUAUGAUGUUGCACUCUUGGAAGAAGACGAAUCUCGUGGCAGGAAAGACUUGUUUGAAGGAAGCGGGAUCGUAGAAACUGGAGACGAUAAGGAAUCCCAUUUGAUAACUUGGUCGUCUGAAGAUAUUUCUGAAAGUCAGUACCAAAGAGCUUUGCUGAAAUACCAAAGAAUCAACGGCUUGAAUAUAACUGGGGAAUUGGAUAACGACACCACCUCAUACAUGGGAAGACCAAGGUGCGGAGUUCCCGACAGAACAGCUGCUAUUAAGACUAACAGAACAGACGAAUUCAUCCAAAAACUAAACGACAAGACGACGACCACGGUUGCCACAACACCAACUGUUGCUAUGACGACAGAAGCUCCUAUGAUGGCAACAACUGACACGUGGAUCAAUUCCACCACUGGUGUGUGGAUUGUAAUCAACUCCACAAAGAAAACUAACAAUGAAGACAUAGAAUCUACGACAGCUGGCAUGGGGGAUGGAAAGAUCAUCAUUCAUGCUAUCACUACGAGCGCCCCGGAUUUCGAAUCGAGUGGCGAUUUUAAUGAAAUGACGACAACACCUUUGUCAUACGUCGAACCUGAUAUUGACGGUUCUGGUGAUGUUUCCUCUCCAAUGAUUCUGAAGACGAUUCCUGACAACGAUAACAAAGAUUUAUCAAGAAAGCGACGAUCUGCGAUUGCCGGUGAUAUUCAGAUCGAAGCUGGCAUGGAGGAAGUACCUUUCGACGCUUCCAUGGAUUUUGAUAUCGAUGAGAUUCGUACUCGACAAUUGGGAUUCAAGGAGCUGGUUGAUGGGCCAAUUUCGGAAGCUGAACUUCCAGAUGAAUCUAGAGUAACAGCACUGGAAGGAAUUUUUGAAGCUCUAAGAAAAGAAAAGCUUUCUCAGUUGAAUGCGACAAAGCGAGAUGAAAUAUUCCACGAUGUCGUUAGCUCUGUACGCCCUCCACCGGCCUCUCCAGUACCCAGCUUGGUGAGAAGAAUGGUCAUGGAAACAAGGACAAGAAUGAAAAGAUCGAAUGAGUACAAGAAAAAAUAUACGAAAACAAACGGGUGGUUGAUGGCCUUUCCAAAACCUGUCAUCACGUGGCGACUGGUAGAAGAAUGGCCGACGAAACGAACGUUCAUGAUUUCCAAUGAGAUUUGGUUUACGGUGAAACUGGCAUUUAGAAUGUGGAGUGAAAUAUUACCUCGAAGUUUCAGAGAAGACAAUACGUCACCGAUGACAAAUGUUGAUAUCUUACUGGGAUUCGGAAAAAAGGUUCACAACAGAUGCUUGGUGCCAUUCUCUGACGGUCCCUUUGCACGAGAAUAUGCACACGCAUGGCCAUUGCCACAAGCUGAAGUCCAUUUUAAUGACGAUCAACCUUUCGUAUCUGUCAGUUGGGAACCAGCAAAAGAUAUUUCAAUGUCACCGCCUAUGACUGUUCACGGAACUCCAAUCAGUUUACUAAAGGUAGCAACACACGAAAUUGGACAUGCUCUUGGUUUGCCACACAAAAAAGACAAGAACUCUGUCAUGAAUCCUGUGUAUACUCCAUAUCAAAGCAAAAAAGUUGUCGAAUUAGAAGAUGUUGACAGGAUAGCUAUACAAAGGGUAUAUGGAAGCUGCAAUCUUGCUUUCGACGCCGUAUUUGAUUGGGUUCGUCAAUAUGUUGCUGCGGACGGAUCAUUACGUUGGAAGUACAACACAUACUUUUUCAAGAACACAUGGUUUUGGCUUUAUGAAAACAGAGGACGACGACCAAGAUACGGGGAUCCUAAAUAUAGUUCAAAUUUCUGGAGGGGCGUUAUGGAUGAUAAAAGCACUGAUAGGCAUAGAAAAGUUGACGGAGUUGUACACAUUCGAGACUGGAGUGUGCCUGAUGGGCCGAUUUACUUUUUCACAGGCGACACUUUCACCGAAUACGACAGCGUAAAAGAUAGAGCGAAAAUCACCGACAAGCAGGGAAGAAGAUAUCCACGGAAGAUUAGCGAGGGUUUCCCAGGAAUACCAUAUCCCAUCGAUACAGUUUUCUAUAAGAUGACCGAAAGAAUGCUGUACUUUUUCAAAAAUAGCUUGGUUUACAAAUACGACUGGAGAAAAUCGAAGGUCGAAGGUAUAUACGAGAUAUCCAAAGAAUUCCCUGGCUGGGGAGGAGCGUCUCCAUUGCCUAAUAACAUCGACAGUGCGUAUUACUCGUAUACGGACUCAGCGCAUUACUUUUUCAAGGGUAUGUUUUACUGGAAAAUGGCUGACGGACGAGAACGAUAUUACAAUAAAGGACUCAAAAUUCCUGAAAAUGCGGUCGGGCCACGAAGAUAUAUCUCAAAUAAGUGGUUUUAUCUCUGUGAUGUAGAUAUAACAGAAAUGCAGAUGACGCUGCCACCAGAAUAGACGUAGAAGAAGGAUACGAAAGUAUCACAACUCAGGGAAUAUAUUUUCUCACUAUAAACAUAAAACAAGGUCGCUAUGAAACAAAGCGACAACACAAUCAUCAAACCUACUACACGAAGGAGUACGCAGUCUGGAUCUGGCAAAGACAAGGAGGUCGUUCGUGAUAUUCGGGACAGUAACAUUUCAUUCAUUUUGAACUACAUUGAUAUCACGCUGAGAUGACAUUAUGCUUCAUCGACCAACAUUUUCAAAACUAAACUUCUGUUUAAACAUGGUUAUUAUAGGAAAGGAGAUGGUUAGACAAACUAAUCACCCAUCUUCGUUAAAAUUAUUCUACUGACCCAUAUACAAAAAUCGCCAGUUUUGUUGCAUGCUACAUCUGGCUUCGAAAAUUAUGUCAAAUUCUGACAUUAAUUAGUGUCGAUGUUUCGUCACUUAUUAUAAACUAUUCAGUUUCACCAGAAACAAACAUCAAAAAAUGGAGCAUAUAGAUCAUAUAACAAGUUCUGUAUCAUAUGUGGUCAUACCUAAUCCGAGCAUAGGUGACACGACUCAUUUGUGAAUAAUAACUAAUAACCCUAAAUUAUAAAUAUUUCUUGUCUCUGCCUGUUCUAUUUGUGAUAAGCCUUUAUGUUUACAAAAACUGAAUCAGGAAACUUUUGCGAAAUCUCAGUGUCGAUCUUAUCUCACUAUUUCUAGCUGCAAUUCUAGUUAGUUUAAAUUCCUCUAAAAACAAAUAUUUUGCGUUUUAUGAUGAAAUCUUUGAUAAAAAAAAAGUAUAUAAACACGAAUCGCACUAGUUGUCAUCUUCAACCCAUCGGUAUUUAUGUGGCCUGCUCUGGAGAAAGGUAUCAGGUUACCAUUUGACAGUAGGUAGAUAUAUUUAGUUCAUAGAAAUCUGACAAGAGAAUCACCCAACCCUACAUAUUGGUGUACUACAUCGGUGUCAUAAUAUUUGAGAUAUUGGCAUGGAUUUCUCUGACUAAUUCUAUCAAAC